CUUAUGUAAUCAGAUCAAGAUUAGUUGAGCGCCGGGAGUGGAAUAUGUUUUAAUAAGUUUGUUUUUGCUCAGCAGCCAAAAAGGGCUUUCUUCAAUAUUAAAAUGUCUACUUCUAAUUUAAAUCAGUUCAAGUUUUCAGUAGGCGAUGCAUUCGAUUCUCUUCGAACAGUACGCGUACCUGCAAAAGAUGGCGAGAGCGGGCAAGACAUUCAAUUACAAUAUUCUCAUCAAAAAGUGAUUGGUAAUGGCUCUUUCGGUGUUGUUUACCAAGUGAAACUCUCACAUGACGGUGAAGAUGCUGCAAUCAAGAAAGUGUUACAAGAUAAAAGAUUUAAGAAUCGAGAGUUGGAAAUUAUGAGAGUGAUGAGCCAUCCCAAUGUUUGUGGUUUGAAGGCAUAUUUUUACUCUCAAGGUGAUGGAGGGAAGAAAGAUGAUGUUUAUCUUAAUUUGGUUAUGGAAUAUGUACCUGAAACAGUAUACCGUGUAUCUAGACAUUACACCAAGAUCAAGCAGGCAGUGCCAAUGUUGAUUGUUAAACUUUACAUGUACCAACUGUUUCGUUCACUAGCUUAUUCGCAUGCUUUAGGUAUCUGCCAUCGCGAUAUCAAGCCACAAAAUUUACUUGUCCAUCCUAUAUCUGGGGUUUUAAAGCUUUGUGAUUUCGGAAGUGCAAAGAUUUUAGUAGAAGGAUGUAUGAAUGUUGCUUACAUCUGUUCUCGCUAUUACAGAGCGCCUGAAUUGAUUUUUGGUGCUAGCUUGUAUACCUCAAGCAUAGAUAUAUGGUCCGCUGGAUGCGUUAUGGGAGAAUUAUUAUUGGGACAGCCACUAUUCCCAGGUGAAAGUGGUAUCGAUCAGCUGGUCGAGAUCAUCAAAGUACUUGGAACACCAUCAAAAGACCAGAUCUUGACUAUGAAUCCCAAUUACACAGACCAUAAAUUCCCCUCUAUCAAACCUCACCCUCUAUCUAAAGUAUUCAAAUCAAGAACACCGCCAGAGGCUAUUGAUUUAUUAUCCCAUAUAUUACAAUAUGAUCCCAAAGCAAGACCGACUGCAAGUGAAGCUUUAGUGCAUCCAUUUUUUGAUGAACUUCGUAACCCAGAAACCAAGAUGGCAACUGGUAGGGAUUUGCCCGAAUUAUUUAAUUUCACUCGAGAAGAGCUGUCCAUCAGACCUGAUCUGAUACAUAAACUAGUGCCCAAUCAUUGUAUGGAAAAGUUGCAAUCUGUUGAUAUUGACAUAAAUAAUUUUAUUCCAAUCCCACUUGAAGAAUUGCGUUUACCUUCAUUGGGUUAA